UUCUGUGGGACUCUCUCACUUUAUUAUUUUAAAAAAAUAGGAAAAACCAAAGUUUUAGCUGACAAAUUUGUUGAAAAGUGAAAAACUAUGGGCAGUUUUUAUCUGUAUAAUCACAAAACCAAGAAUCCUCCCACAGCUUGAAAAACCAGCUGCUCAAUCUUGUAUAAAACUUUCCUUUUCUCUCUCAUUUUCACUUCUCAAAAAAACAAACAACCCCACACACAAAAUUGCUCUCAAAACAUAAAAAAAAACUAGUCUUGUUUGCUUUUCUUGAAGUUUUAGCUGCUUUUUGUUGCAAAGAUUGAAUCUUUAUCCAGUGAAAAAUGAAGUCUUGGUAGUCUGGUGAUGUUUACUUAACUUUCUCUUUAGAAUUUAAGCUAAUUUUUCCUCUGGUUUUUGUUACCAUUUUGUGUUCAUAGGGUUAAGAGUGUUCCUGUGGGAGUGAUGGUUUUUGUGCUUAUCAUAACAUUUUGCCUUGUGGGGUUUUGAAAGUUUUGAUUUUUGUGGUUUAUCAUAAGAUUUUGCCUUGUGGGGUUUUUGAAAGAUUUGAUUUUUUGUGUUUAUAAUAAGAUUUUGAAGUUUUUUUGAUGAUUUAGAUGGAUUCUGGUAGUUUAUAUUCAAAUAUGGGUCCUGGUAUGUUGGGAUUAGAAAUGUCAUUGCAUCAUCAAAUCCCUCAACAGAACACUCACCAUCACUUGCAUCAACAACCUCCACCUCCACCUCACCCCCAGCCCCCACCCCACCACCACCCCAUGGUUUCAUUUGCACAUCAAGAAAAUAAUGAUAACCAACAACAAACAUUGAGGCAAGUUUUUCCAUUUGGUAACAACAAGGCUAAAAAUCAAAGCUUGAAUUUUAGUGAUGAUGAUGAACCUGUUCCUGGUGUUAGUGCUGACAAUAAUAGUACUGAUGAUGGUAAAAGGAAUGGUAAUAAAACUUGUCCUUGGCAAAGAAUGAAGUGGACUGAUAAUAUGGUUAGGUUGUUGAUUAUGGUGGUCUAUUAUAUUGGUGAUGAAGUUGGUUCUGAAGGGAAUAACAACAAUGAUUCAAGUGGAAAAAAGAAAGGUGGUAGUGGUGGGGGUGGGGGUGUAGGGGUUUUGCAAAAAAAGGGGAAAUGGAAAUCAGUUUCUAGAGCUAUGAUGGAAAGGGGUUUUUAUGUGUCUCCACAACAAUGUGAAGACAAAUUCAAUGACUUGAAUAAAAGGUACAAGAGGGUUAAUGACAUUCUUGGAAAAGGUACUUCUUGUAGAGUUGUGGAGAAUCAAAAGUUGCUUGAAACAAUGGAUCAUUUAUCACCAAAAAUGAAAGAAGAGGUGAAGAAGUUGUUGAAUUCUAAGCACUUGUUUUUUAGAGAAAUGUGUGCUUAUCAUAAUAGUUGUGGUCAUAAUGGUGGUAGUGGGAGUGGAGUUGCUAAUCCACAAGCUCAUCAAAACCUAUCAGAGCAGCAACAACAGCAACAGAGGUGUUUGCAUUCAUCAGAAAAUACAAAUCCAAGAAUUGGUGCUAGUUUAGUAGUAGGGUCUAAAAUGCCAAAAGGGGGGGAAAAUGACGAGGAGAACGAGGACGAGGAGGAUGAGGAUGAAGAUGAGGAGGAUGACGAUGAUGAGGUGUCUGGUGCAAGAGGAGGACACGAACACGACCAUCAGAGCCACGAAGAGGAGGACGAUGACAUGGAUGAAAGAUCAAGAAAGAGGCAAAGAAAGUUGGGAACUUCAUCACCAAUGGUACAACAAUUGAGUACUGAAUUGGCUAAUGUAGUCCAAGAUAGAGGGAGGAGUCCACUUGAGAAGAUGCAAUGGAUGAAAACUAAAAUGAUGCAAUUAGAAGAACAACAUGUUAGCUAUUUGUGUCAAGCAUUUGAGCUCCAAAAGCAAAGGUUGAAAUGGAAGAAGUUUAUAAGCAAGAAGGAGAGGGAAAUGGAAAGGGAUAAACUAAUCAAUGAGAGGAAAAAAUUGGAGAAUGAAAGAAUGGUGCUUUUGUUGAAACAAAAAGAGCUUGAACUUCUUGAUUAUCAUCAACACCAUCCAAACAAUAACCAUAGGAAUAGUGACCCUUCUUCUGUUACUGGAUGAUGAAAAAAUUGUACAAUAUUAUCAGGAACUAAGCUAAUAGAUCAGAUAUAUUAUGUAUAUAUAUAGUAUGUAUAUAUGUUUUUCCUAAUUUGAAUCUUGAAUCAAAGUCUUUUGUUGCUUCUUAA